AUGGAGAAUUUUCAGAUGGAGGCAUCGAGCCUUUUCGGAUUAUUACUGGGUACCAACUGGGUACUUUUCGUGUGGAACUAUUACCUCCGCUAUCGGCAGUAUAGAGUGCAUGCAAUAAACGAGAAGCGACCAAAACAUGUAGAAGAUUUGAUCUCUGAAGAGGAAUACGAAAAGGCUCGUAGUUACAGUCUAGAUAAGCACUUAUUCGCCUUUGCACACGAUUUGUAUGGACAGAUUUGGAGCACGGUACGUAUGAACCCUUGA